AUGGCUGCUGUUAUCCAAUUUUGUAACUGGUGCAAAACCAAUCUCCUUAUUCAACCUGCCCUCACGCAACACAUGACUGACGUUGAAGGUCUUGACUCUGUUGACUCCUUUGGAGUCAACAGAACAACUUCUCAAGUUUGUGAAGACAUCAAAUCUAUGCGAAGAGCUCCAGAUCCCACCAAUGCAAAUGCAACUAUCAGAGUCACCACUCGCGAAUCGAUGACGAUUCAUUGUAUCUCCAAAUAUGGGAAGCUCCUCAUUUUGGUCCAAAGAACCCACACUCCAGCUCUUGGAACCAUCCCAAACCUUCUUUUUAUUGGUCAAUUCUAUGAUGAAAAUCCGGAUCUCAUGGAAGGGGACUCCUACCCACUUACUCCUCAUCCCCCAAAGUUCAACAAUCACGAUGGCCAAAUCAUGAUGGAAAACAUUGAGAGUUGGGCUCGUACUGCCUAUGGAUAUUGUGGAAUUCGCCUUGAUUACAUUUUCCUUGAGAAUUCUGAACUUCCAGUUGCUGGUGAUCCUGGAUUCCUCCAAGCCGAUGACGGCUCUCGCUCCAUCGAAGAAGAACUUGUCCAACGUGCUGCCCAUACUGGUGCUGUGUUCCGUCGCAACAACCAGAAUUUUGGUCGCCUUAUCGGAGCCUUCAACAACCUCGAGUUGAACGGUGAUCCAUGCUCGGAUGCAAAUAAGGUUGACGUACUUCUUGAGAAAACUGUUGGAGAUUCCUCACUCUCUUAUGGAAGAUCACAUAUUACUGGAGAUGCCGUUCUCCAAUCAAAUUUCCAAGGUGCCAUCGAUUAUCUCACAACACAAGUUUUAGCUGCCGGUAACAACAACACCCAGCGCCGCAAUCGACAACUUGCUGCUUUUACUCGUGGUGGUGGCGGAUGCGGUGGUGAUGGUAGAAGUGGAGGUCGUGGCCGAGGAAAUGGCGCCACAAACCGUCUGCAAUCAAAUGUACCAGAUCGCUUUAGCCGAAAUGGGAUACUACUAAAUGAUGGAGGUUAUUCAAAUCAAAUCUGGAGAGAGGAGUUUACACAAGAAGAAAGAAAUAUUUGUUUAGAAAUGCGUCACAACCGUUGCAAUGGUGGUGGUUGUGGCGGAAGAGGCCGUGAAGGCCGUGGUGGUCGUGGUCGUGGGAUCAGCGCUGUCCAUGAUGGACGGGCUGAUCAAGAAGAAACAAAAGAAGAAAGUAACAAUGAAAGUAACAAUGAUGGACGUGGGGCAGGUGCAGGAAUGAGUCGUCGCCGUCGUUGA